CGUAUAAAUCAGCCGCAAGAAUCUUUUCCCUUACGAAGAAAAAGUCCCAAAUGGGGUUCAACAAAGGCACGAAGAUUCCUAAAACUUCCUAAGCAGAACAGACUCGGCUUACGCGUACAGCUCAUUCAUUGUAAGGUUUUAGUUUGUAACGCCAAUGAUUUGGUUGUUUGGUGGUCUCCCACUUCGACAAAGAUCAUAUAAUCUCAUAUGUAGCGAUAAAACUCUGCCGGCCAAUCAGCAUUAUCUUUCUCUGUUUUGCAUUCAUUACUAUUCCAUUGUUUCUGUUUCUCUUUUGCUUUCUUUUUUUCCUUUCUUGCAAAAAGUCAACACCUUUCUCAGUCUGGGAUUUCUCGAUCAAGAUGAACGACUUGCUUACGGAUUCAUUUGUUGGUGAUGCUAAAAGACCUCCCAGCAAUAAUGACAUUGAAAUGGGAAUGCAGCUUCCAAGGAGCAAUUCAGAUAUGGGAAUGGAAGCUUUCAAUAAGCAGAUACAAGAUGUUGAGAAACAGGUUGACAAGGUCUCUGGACUUCUCAAGAACUUGAAGGAAGCUAAUGAGGAGUCAAAGUCUGUAACAAAGGCAUCUUCCAUGAAAGCUAUCAAGAAGCGUAUGGAGAAAGACGUUGAUGAAGUGGGUAAGGUUGCACGUGCUGUCAAAGCCAAACUACAAGCAAUAAACAAAGAUAAUUUAGCCAAUAGGCAGAAACCUGGAUGUGAAAAAGGAACUGGUGUUGACAGAGCUAGGAUGAACGUUACAAAUGCCUUAUCAAAAAAAUUCAGGGAUUUAAUGACAGAGUUUCAGACCUUAAGGCAAAAGAUCCAAGAUGAGUAUCGUGAAGUUGUGGAGAGAAGGGUCAUUACAGUUACUGGAACCAGACCAGAUGAAGAGACAAUUGACCACCUGAUUGAAACUGGAAACAGUGAGCAAAUAUUUCAGAAGGCAAUUCAAGAAAUGGGUAGAGGACAAGUACUAAAUACCCUGGAAGAAAUCCAGGAGAGGCAUGAUGCUGUGAAGGAAAUUGAGAAAAAGCUUCUUGACCUGCACCAGAUUUAUCUUGAUAUGGCUGUGCUCGUCGAGGCCCAAGGAGAGAUCUUAGAUAACAUUGAAAGUCAGGUUGCAAAUGCAGUGAAUCAUGUCCAGUCAGGGACAACUGCUCUUCAAAAUGCAAAGAAACUUCAGAAGAAUUCCCGAAAAUGGAUGUGCAUUGCCAUUAUAAUUCUUUUGAUUAUAAUAGCUGUUAUAGUCGUCGGUGUAGUCAAACCUUGGAAGAGUAGCAAGGGUGCUUGAGUCUGCUGUUUUUUUUUUCUUGUUGCUUGAUCAUUCGUACCGAUCACUGAUUGAAAUUGUUCGUCCUAUCCCUAUCGCUCUUUUGCCAUUUUUGCUUGCUUUUCCAAAUGCAUUUAUUCCUGCUUCUUGGUGAGAUUGCUUGUUGCAAACUUGAUUUUUGUGUGAAAGACCUUGAACAACCCAUUGUGUGAAUACUUUUUGACGGAAAAUGAAGCAUUCGGUUUGCUUUAGUCAUUUUCAUAAUGUGAUCUAAGCUGGUGAUCCACAUAGUUC